GAGAAACAGUCAGGAGGAGAAAGAAGAAGCAGAAAGGAGCCUGUGAGUGCGUUUGUUUCACCUUCUAAUCAGUUUUCCUCAGGGACACAUCAGCAGCAGCAUCAGUGGAGGAAAGUAGAAAGCAAGAGACGGUGCUGUGACGUUGGAAACAUCUCCCAUCACAGAUACGAGCCUCAGACGAAUGACAGAAAUGGACGCCCCUCUCGCCACUCCUUGCAACAUCCAGAUCUGUGAGGUGACCUGUGAUUCCUUCCGCAUCAUGUGGGAUAUGCCUCCAGAGGACACAGCCAGAGCGACGCAUUUCUUCAUCGACCUGAGCCGCAAAGAGAGCAGGGACCCGAACCGCUUCAAACACAGGGAUGUCCCAACCAAGCUGGUGGCUAAGGCUGUUCCUCUCCCCAUGGCAGUGAGAGGACACUGGUUCCUCAGCCCACGGACAGACUACUGUGUUGCUGUUCAAACAGCCGUCAGGCAGCCGGACGGUGACUACUUGGUGUCAGAGUGGAGCCCGGUGGUGGAGUUCUGCACUGGAGAUUAUGCCAUGGAACAUCUUCAGCAGCUUCUUGACAAGGCCAACGGUUCUGCUGGACGAUUGCUGAGAUUCUCUGUAUUCUAUCGCAAUCAACAUCCCGAAUACUUUGACUAUGUCAGGAGGGAAUGUGGAGGAUUGAUGCGUCCAGCACUUAAAGAUAGCAGCGGGAGCCAUGGCUCUCCAAUCAACGGCAAACUCCACGGAGUCUUCUUCAGCUGCAAUACGGAGUUUGACACGGGGCUUCCUCCCAAAGACUCUCCAUACGGCCCCCUCCGAUUUCAGAUUCCUGCCGGACAUCUGCUGAACCCAAACAUCUGCCUGUACUUUGCAGACUUUUACUGCAUGUACACAGCAUAUCACUAUGUGGUGCUGGUGCUUGCACCCGUUGGCACAGAGGGAGACGACUUCUGUCGCACCCGCCUCCCAAGGCUGGACUUGGCCUCCAACCCCUUUCUGACCUAUACUCCCCCCCAGAGGCAGGGGGAGGAGCCUGUGUUCUGCCACGCCAGUGAUGUGAUCCUGGAGGUGCUUUUUACAGAGCCGGUUGAUUUGAAUCAGGGAAGCGUGGAGCAGAUCACUGGCCACCACCAGCUCAUGAGCUUGACCACAGCCAAUGCCAAGAAAGAUCCAAGCUGCAAAGUGUGCAACAUCAGCGUGGGGCGCUGAGGAAAGCCUUGAAAUGUUUAUUCAAAUAUGCAGCACAAAAAGAACCACAACUAGGGAAAACAGCUGAGCAAAUUGUGGGCUUGUCGAAGACAAAAGCCUUUCUUGGAGUAUAAUGAAGCUGCUUCCCACCUCCCUUCCUACUUUAAGUAGAAGAGUGUUUAUGGACAGCCUCCUUGGAUAAUGUUUAGCAGCGAUCUGUCUGUGUGUGUUAGCUCACCCCAUCAUGUUUCUGUUUUUUUAUUUGAUGCACUAUGAAUAUGAUGCUUCUGUCUUUAAGAAAUGAGUUUCAUAAACAAAUAUAUCUCUAUAUAUUUAUAUAUAUGUAUAUAUUGCAGAUUUUUUCAUGAAUUUCAAGGCCUCUCUGACAGAUGCAGAUAAACGGUUGCCCUCUGCAUAAAAAGCUGUAGAAUAUUUUCUUCUAACAUCUGAAACUUUUGAAGAAAGAUCCAAGCCUUAAUUUGAGAGCAUUUAUUCAGUGAUGAAAAAGCACCACUUUGAAAUAUAACAGCUUGGCAAUUUCAUUCCUAGAAAAUCUCUCAUAGUUGGAGCAGACAUGGAGGGAUCCUUGGCUGUUUCUCUUUGCAUUGUCUCUCUUAAACUUCUACAAUCCUCUGUUAAUGUCUCAGUUGGAUCUAAUUUUUUUUUAAGAGUUGAUGAUUCCAUGUAAUCUACAAGGUCACAUCAGAAUCCCAGAUUAUCCAUCAUGUUUAGUAAGGAAUGAACGAUGUCUCAUAAAUAUUCAGUGGUGCAUGUUUCAGAAUAACCCAACUACAGAAUUAUAUUUAAAUGUCAAAUAUCAUAUCAGUGUCAAGAAUAUAUAUUUGUAUCUGUCACAAACCUCCUUUAAAUGGGAACCUGAGUUACACAUUUUCAGAAACGAUUGAGAGGAAAAUGUUAUGGAAAUAUAUUUAUUCUUACUACAGCAUAUUAACAUUAACUGAAUGAUUAAAUGGGAUCUGUCUACUGAAAUAGGGGAUAAUUAAACUAUUAAUAACAGCUGUAAAAUAAUUUGAGCCAAUUUAAAAAAAAGAAACAUGAUAUGAAUACAAUAAAUAAAAUGUGUGAGUUUUCCAGCCGUCAGGAAGGUCACUCUGAGACGAUCUGGCGUCUCUCUCCUUGCACUGACCUCAAAGUAUCUGGA